CUUGGAGUUGCCCAACAAUUCAAUAAAAUGCACAGAGCACGAGUAAAUCUUUUCAGCACACUCUGCUGCCUGGCAGUCCUGGCGAAUCCAUGCCUGUCAGCGUCGGUGAAGGUCAUGGACUGGUGGGAGACUGCGCAGUUCUAUCAGAUCUAUCCAAGGUCAUUUAUGGACUCGGACGGUGAUGGCAUCGGGGACUUGAAUGGCAUCACCAGCAAGCUGGAGUAUCUCAAGGAUCUGGGCGUAACUGCCGCCUGGCUGUCGCCCAUAUUUUCCUCGCCCAUGGUGGACUUUGGCUACGACAUCUCCGACUUCUUUGACAUUCAGCCCGAGUACGGAACACUGGACGACUUCCGUGCGCUGAUCAAGAAAGCCAAUGAAUUGGACCUGAAGAUCAUACUGGACUUUGUGCCCAAUCACUCGAGCAACGAGAGCGAGUGGUUCAAGAAAUCAGUGAAGCGGGAGAAGGGCUACGCGGACUACUACGUGUGGCACGACGGAAAGGUGAAUGCCGAGACGGGGCAGCGGGAGCCGCCCUCCAACUGGCUGCAGGCCUUCCGGGGCAGUGCCUGGGAGUGGAACGAGGAGCGGCAGCAGUACUACCUGCACCAGUUCGCGGUGCAACAGGCCGAUCUCAACUACCGCAGUCCUCUGGUGGUGGAGCAGAUGAAGCGGGUGUUGCGGUACUGGCUGGACCUUGGGGUGGCAGGCUUCCGCUGUGAUGCGGUGCCAGUGCUCUUUGAGAUAGAAACCGAUGAGAACGGACAGUAUGCGGACGAGGAGGUGAGUGGCCUGACGGACGAUGUGGAUGCUCGCAAUUACCUGAAGAGCGACCUCAUCGAGAACCGAGUGGAGACCAUCGACAUGGCCUACCAGUGGCGCGUCGUGAUGGACGACUACCAGCGCAUUCAUGGCGGCGACACGCGGGUGCUGCUGAUCGAGACCUACGCCCCUCCCGCCUACACCAUGCAGUUCUACGGCAAUCGGUCCGUGGAGGGCGCUCACCUGCCCUUCAACUUCAACCUGAUCACGGGGCCUGCCAGCGACGGCGUCUCCGCGAGCUCCAUCAAGACGGCCGUGGACAGCUGGCUUAAGAAUCUUCCCCCUGGUCGCACGGCCAAUUGGGUGAUAGGCAACCACGACCAGCGGCGGGCGGCUAGUCGCUAUGGCGCGGCCAAUGCAGACGCCAUGAACAUGCUGGUAAUGAUCCUGCCGGGGGCCAGCGUGACCUACCAGGGUGAGGAGCUGGCCAUGACCGAUGGCGAAAUCAGCUGGGAGGACACACAGGAUCCAGCGGCCUGCAACUCCAACUCUGAUGUGUACGAGCAGUUCACCCGCGACCCCUCCCGCACUCCCUUCCACUGGACGAGCGGCACAAAUGCAGGCUUCUCCACGGCCCAGAAGACUUGGCUCCCUCUCGCCUCGGACUACGCCACUGUCAACGUGGAGACGGAGUCCUCGGCCGAUCGGUCCCAUCUGAAGAUCUACAAGGCGCUGGUGGAGCUCAGGAAAACGUCGACAGCCCUCCAGAAAGGAUCCACAAAGUAUGGAGUGCUCAAGGAGAAUGUCUUCGUGGUGAAACGCUACCUCUCUGGCACCGAGACCAUCGUCUAUGUGGCCAAUUUGGCCAGCAAGGGCAUCACAGUGGACCUCUCCGAAUUCGACAAGACAUUGCCAACGCAUCUCAACCUGCUCAUUCGCAGCCUGCAGUCAUCCAAAAAGGAGAACGCAUUGUUUGAGGUUUAUGAACUGAGUUUGGCUGCCGGCGAGGCCUUGGUGCUGAGCACCGUAUGAAGCUCAAACUGAAGCCAGGGCUUUUCCGGGUUCGAUUUGGUCAUCAGCUGAUGCGAUUUCCUAUCUGCACUCACUUGAGAAAUACUUUUAUCUUUGCCUCAAAGCAAAUAUGCCGUGGCUUGCAUAAAUAAAUGAAUAAGUACAGAAACAA